CUGGUUCUCAUUCUUGUUUAAGUGCUUCAAUCUAACUGAGUAACCACAAUGGAUUCACCGCAUCCCCAGCUUCACGUGCUUAGGGCAAGAGAGAUGCUUAUCGGCAGUCACGUGCGAUAAACGGCGAGGCGCGGCCGCGUUUUCCAUCCAACAAAAAAACGCGCAUUUAACAGGCGCGGACCAGAUUCUGAAUUCCCCCAAUCAACAAAAGUCAGAACAAGCCAAGAUCCAAGGCCAAGGCUAGCAAGGGCAAAAGACAAACAUUCCUUCCGAGGCAUCCAGCAGUCAACAUAUGUACCUUGCUAGACGCCAAUCACUACGGGCGUCACUAUCACCGCCAUUGGGUGCUUAUCGUCGAUCGUUCCUCGACUCCAAUGGUCCGCUCCUGAUACUCGCCCGCUCAGCCUCCAAAUCCUUGUCUUCUUCCGAGAAACGGCUACGUUCGUCCCGGUCCGGGCGAGGGAAAACGGAGGCGAUGUUCCAGCGAGCUGCCAACAAGUACCCUGCUGCUGCAGCGACGACGGCCCCGCUCCAGACGACGCUCGCCGCUCGCAGCAAUGGGGGGCCACUUUCAACGCCGCUCCAAAAAUCGGGGCUGGCGACGGCGGCAUCGUCGUUAGGAGUCAAGCGGAAGAUCGAGAUGACAGCUAGCACACAGUCGGCGCUGGGUUCGCUGCACAAUGAGGUGUACUUUGACGAGAACGACUUUGACGACGAUGAGGACUUGGAUUUCGAGGCCCCAGAUCCGUUGAUCACUCGACCUUCCAUCGUCCCCUCCGCCACUACACAUAUUACGAAGCCGCCGAUAGUCGCGAAACAGCAGCAUCAGCAGCCGCCGCAGAAAAAGGAGGAGGAAACGGCAGGAUAUCCGAAUUUGAGCAGCGCGUUCGCAGACGAGAAGAUCCCGAUCGUCGACUUGACGGAGACACCUGCCCGCGAUUCGUCAACCGUCAAGUACCCCGAUCUCCCUCCGGUUCCCGAUAACGAUCAACAGCCGCCGUCGAGCAGCAUACAGUACCCCUGGUCCUCGUCACCCCCCUCCCACUACCAAGCGCCCACCAAGAAACCCCGGAAGCUACCCUGGUUGGAGGAAGAGGAGGAUGGUCUUGAUUUCCCGAAAUCGAAGACGCUCGCGACGCCUGCACGCCAAAAACAGACGCCCAUCUGGAACAAGUCGGCGAGCGCGAUCAAAGACGAGCAGAGGGAACUGCGCCGGCAGAGCAAGUCCAUGAAGGCGCUGAUGGCCGGUCAGUUUGAGCCGCCCCGUGCGCAGGUGGCGUCGAUCUUCCUGAGUGACGAACAACGGCAUGUUCUGGACGCCGUCGUGCAGCAGGGGAAGAGUAUCUUCUUCACGGGAUCGGCUGGUACGGGAAAGUCGGUUCUCAUGCGGGAAAUCAUCAAGAAGUUGCGAGACAAGUACAAGCGAGAGCCGGAUCGGGUUGCGGUGACGGCGUCGACCGGUCUCGCCGCUUGUAACAUCGGGGGUGUGACGCUUCACAGUUUUGCAGGCAUCGGGCUGGGCAAGGAUCCUGUGCCCGAGCUUGUCAAGAAGGUCAGCAGCUUGGCGCCUGUGUGCGAUUGUUGACCGUCAUAUAUGCUAACAGCAUGCAGAUCAAGAGGAAUCCGAAGGCGCGAACUCGCUGGCUGCGCACCCGGGUCCUCAUCAUCGACGAAGUGUCCAUGGUGGACGGAGACCUCUUUGACAAACUGGAGGAAUUGGCCCGACGCCUCCGGAACAAUGGCCGUCCAUUCGGAGGCAUUCAGCUGGUCGUCACGGGUGAUUUCUUCCAACUACCCCCGGUGCCUGAAAGCGGCCAGCGAGAGGCCAAGUUCUCCUUUGACGCCUCGACCUGGAACACCUCC